GAAGAUUUUCGGCGCUGGGUUUGUCUAUUUUUGUGUAAAACGUGUACAAAGGCUUUCUGAAGUCCUUAUUCGGAAGGAUAUAUUUACUUUGUUGUGUUGCUACUCAGGUGGGAUUUCAAACAUGGCGGCGGAAAACUUUCUCGUCUGCUACAAAACUUGGCGAGGGGGUGCUUGCUUCUCAGUUUUUAUGCAGUAGCAGGCCCGCUCUGGGCGUGUAAAUAGCGCUAGCAUGGUGGACAGUCGUCCCGAGUCCCGGAGAAGCGGGACAGAUCGCUCGGUAACGCCCAGCGGGAACGAGAACGGCACCGCGAAAAGUGCGAGCCGAGGCCGCCGGUUCCUGGACCUGAGCUUCUCGGAGAGUAGAGAGCGGGAUGGAGGGAAUGGAGGGAAGGUACUCGCCAACGGACGGAGACCUCACGGGGGCGUCAGAGGUACCAAAGGUUACCCGAUGUCCACCUACUCUGUGGAUCAGUCAGAAGAGCACAUGGAUGAACUGGUCCAGGAGGCGAGAAAACAGUCAUCCCUGGGCCAGCACGCGCGCACCCCCUCCCCAGCCUGGGUCCUCACCGUCAGCUCUCAGCAGACUCACAGUGGGGAGGCCGCACUCUUAACAUCCCAGCUGCUGGCUAGCAAUAAGGGGGAGCAGACAGUAGGAGUAAAGCCCAAGAAGCCCAAGUACAAGAAGAUCGUGGUGAAUGGCUUGACGUACCACCGGCCAAUGAAGGCGCACCAGUUCCUGACGGCGGCAGACACCGCCAGCGAAACCUCAUCUGAAGCCAGCUCUCUGGGCAGACCUACACGGGCCAGCCUGUUACGAGCACGGCACCAUCGCUCCCAGUCUGCCCCCUCCUCACAGACCAGUACAGACAUCAAGAGAUACCUACAGAGGAUGAAGGACCAGCGCCCACUCACAGGAAAACUUCCCAAGGAGCUGAACCCAAUAGUUGCAGAAGACGGGGAGACAGUACAUGCUUUUCUCAUUGGUGCCAGAUAUAAUAGGUCGCAGGUGAUGGAUGUGCAAUCUCUGAACAGGUUUGGUUUGUUUGUGCCGAGGUCGAACCCUAACGGCUGUUUCCUGACCCAGCCUGAGAUGUAUGUGUCUGACAAGGAUGCAGAGGAAGCUGCUGACAACACGAGUGUAAAGAACAACCCCCCACAGUACAACGGCCGAGGCAACCCCCCCACAAAGGCACGGCAGGCAUGGGCAGACUCCAAUGGUGCCAUUCCUCAGCAGGAAACAUUACCGCCCGGUGCCACACCCCCAAAAGGCAGACCGCCAAGUGGGCGCAAGCGUACGGGAUCUAUCGGCGGCGUGCUGGCAGACAACACAAUACCCCCCAGCCUGAGGAGGGGCAUGACGAUCACUGGUCACAGCAUCGGCAUAGCUUCUCCCAGGACACUGACCAGUGGGUCAGCCAGCCGUCCGGGCACACAGACCCCGCGCACCAACCCAGCCAGUAGACUGUCUGUUCACACAGGAUCCCUAGGAAAGAGUGGUUACACACACGCACCCACAUGCCCCCAGUCUGCCACCAUGAAGACUUCCGACCCUCUUGCCUCCUCGCCAAACGGACCCAGACCGACCAACAUCUCCUUCGCUGCUAACGGCCACACCGCCCUUCCCAGCCCCGAAAUCGCACAGCAGAUGGAAAUUCCCGCGCCGACGCCCGAGCCGGAACUUCCCGACCAGCAGGUCCCCCGCCACUCCGCUCCGUCCGUACGCGUCCCACUGCCGACCGCGAGAACUGUCAGCUCGGGUAAGAAGUGCGACUCCAGCACGCAGUACUCUGUCGUGCACAGCGAAACCGUGGAUCUGGAGAGCCUUGCACAAGGUCGCGAAAGUAACAUGGAUGUUUAUCCUAGUGUGGCAGAGGAAGUGGAGGAAAUGGACACUGGAUAGUGCUAGCGCUGCUACUACAUGUAUAUACUGAUCGAAAAUGUAAGAAUAUUACUGGGAGAAUAAACAUGGGCAAAAUUUCACUUUCAUCAAAAAUAUGAUGAAAGAUGGGAAAAAAGACCGAU